GGGCACGCGGAGCAGAUUUACUGCGAUGAAGGAGCGGGCUGGCUGAGCUUCAACCGAUUCAAGAAUAACAAAAACAACAUGAAUCGAGUGAGGAAAACAUUUAACAGCUUGAUUAAUAAUGAACGGUACAGCAGAUUCACACUACAGCCCGAGCAGGACGGAGAAGGACGAGUCGAGGUCAAACUGUCCGACGAUGCUACAGAUGAAGGCUUGGAGGUUGAAGGUCAGGCAGGGGGGUCUCCAACCUUCAGGCCUGCACCACAGAAUCUGAGCCGGCGGAAUACCUGCUACCUGGUUCUGUCAAUCCUGCUGAUUUUUCUAAUCGGCUAUCUGGUUGGUUUUGUCAGUCACCGUAAACCUCGGGCUGAGCCGGUAACCUGCCCACCGCCGGUUGAAAACAUUCCAAUUACUGCACCGGCUCCGGAAACGCCGCUGAAUUGGAAGGACAUCACCCACCUUCUUGCAUCAAAACUCACCAGCCAGGCCUUUGACGAGACUCUGAAGACCUUUGAUCUACCCAAACGAUCAGCUGGCAGUGAUGAAGAUCGUAGUCUAGGAAACCACAUUUUUGACCAAUUCAAGAAACUGGAGAUGGAGCCGUGGACUGACAUCCAUUAUGUUCAGCUGCAAACGCCAGACAGCUCACGUCCAAACCAUGUCAUUUUUGAUGGAAAUGACUUUAAGCCCCCAGGAUAUCUUGCCUACAGUGCUACUGGUGAAGUUCAGGGCAAGUUGGUGUAUGGAAAUUUUGGUCGUCCUGAAGAUCUUGAUGUUCUGCAGAACAAAAACAUUCAGCUUCAGGGCUGUGUGUUAUUACUCCGAGCUGGACGUAUCAGUUUUGCUCAGCAGGUGGAUAAUGCUGAAUCGAGGGGUGUCUCUGCUGUUCUGAUCUACCCAGAUGUUGAGGACCACACUUACGUAGCAGACACUCCACUCUAUGGACAUGUCCACCUGGGCACAGGCGAUCCUUACACCCCUGGAUUUCCCUCCUUCAAUCACACCCAGUUUCCCCCAACUAACUCAUCUGGCCUCCCAAAAAUCCCAGCCCAGACCAUCACUGCCAGCAUGGCUCAAGUUAUUCUACAGAAAAUAGGUGGCCCUGAAGCAGAUGCAAGCAGUGGUUUUAGAGGUGGCCACUCAUCUUUGGCUUACACACUCGGAGGCGUUAAAAACAUUACCGUUGAGGUGAACAACGUGCUGGUGACCAAGGAGAUCCACAAUGUGUUUGGAGUCAUCAAGGGUUUCACAGAUCCUGAUCGCUAUGUUGUUCUGGGAGCUCAGAGGGAUGCCUGGGGUAAAGGUUAUGCCAGAGCCGCUGUUGGUACUUCUGCACUGAUAGAGCUGGCCAAGGCUUUUCAUGAGAUGGUGGAGAAAGAUGGAUUUAGGCCAAGGAGAAGCCUGGUGUUUGCAAGCUGGUCUGCUGGAGUGUAUGGUAGCGUUGGCGCCACAGAGUGGCUGGAGGCGUACCUGUCCUCUCUUGACAGAAAUGUGCUGACAUACAUAAGUCUGGAUGGAAUGGUCCUGGGCCGUGGGAGCUUUGUUGCCUCAGCGAGUCCACUUCUACACAGCCUUCUUCAGAGCACAAUGACUGAGGUGAGAAGUCCUCUUGGUUCUGGCACUAUUUACGAUAUGGUUGGAAAAGAUAAAUGGCAAACUACUGUGUUGAAGCCAAUGGCGAUGGACGACCCCGCCUACCCCUUUCUGGCCUUUUCUGGAAUUCCCUCCAUCUCCUUCCACUUUGUCUCUGACAAUAGUAAGGAGUACAUGUACUAUAACACCAACCUGGAUAACAUGGACCAUCUCGAUUACCAAACCAACCAUCACACCAGUGAAAUGAUGACUGUGGCAGCCCAGUUUGCCGGCCAGAUGGCUCUACGCCUGGUGCACGAUCACCUGAUCAAACUGGACGUGACCGCAUACAGUGGCCUCAUCACCAAAAAUGUGGUUCGUGUCUACAGACGCGUCUUCGACCUCACACAGUCUGGUGACCUGAAGGGUGUGAGUUCUAACUGGCUGAACCGUGCACUAGGCUCCUUCAAACGAGCUGCCGAACGCAUCAGAUACGCAGUCCAAAACACUGACAUCAGUGACCAGGAGGCGUGUCGACUUCUCAAUGACAGGCUCAUGAAGGUUGAACACUCCCUCCUCUCCCCGUAUGUCUCUCCCAUUGAGACUCCCUUCCGCCACCUCCUCCUGGGCCACGGCCCGCACACUUUGGCUGCCAUCGCUAAGACUACUGACAUGAAGGAGCUCCACACCCAGUUGGCCCUGGCCACCUGGACCCUGCAGGGAUGCGCCAACACCAUGGAUCGAGAUAUCUGGGACAUAGACAACGAAAUCUAAAGGGUUCAGGCCAGCGUGAGGGGUGAUUGCAGGUGUGUGCGUGUGGUUGUGAGAUUGAGCGGGUGUCGGCAAAGGACCACUUAAGAGCACGGAAAAUAAUAUUGAGCUCCAACAAUCAGCACAAGUUAAGUAGAUAGAAGUUGGCGUACAUUCAGAAUUUGUGGGGGAUCAGAGUCUUAAACCAUCAAAGAUGAAGAAAGGCCUAAUAUUAAGGUAAAAUGUAACUGUGAAACAGCACAAAAUACUCAAAGCAAUUAAAAAGCUACUACAAAGUCUGCCUCUCCUCCUGGUUCAGCAUUAUGAAAUCAGUCAAAGCCUUUGCUGUGACCUUUUGCCAUCCAAACACUGAGAACCUUACUUAAGUUGUAUUAUCAGUGGCAGCGCCCACUAUAAACUUAUCGUUUGUCUUUUUAUACAACGUUAUCGGAAGCAGUGCCUUCCAUAAUUAUGACGGUUAUACUGUCUGAUCCUACGGCAGCAUCUGCUACAGAAAUGACUCCUCAACUGUUGCUGACAAAAUGGAAAAAAAAAAAAAUGUAGAUUUGUUUUCUUUUGUUUUGGUCUGACUUUCAUUUCUUUCUUGUUGUUAUCUUUACAAGGAAGCAAUGAAGGUCAGAAGGGUUUUCCUUGAUAAAGUGUUGGGUAGGAUUUUGGAUAAAAAUGGGCAGGAAAACACUAACAAAAUAUAAAAUUUUUAACAUAACACAGUCCUGAAGAGAUGAAUAAUUGAUUUAAAAAUAAGUCUGACUUACCUGCACUUGUUGGCAGGAUGAUGAUGAUGCUAAACAAACAAACAAAAAAACAGCACAAACAGUAAUGCAUAUGAAGCAAAUCCCCUUUUAAGGCAGUUGAAAACUGAUAAAGAGCUGAAAAAGCUGCAUAAUUUGCAAAACAGCCAUUUGUGUUGCACAGUCAACUUUGGAGCAGUUUAUUUAUACAAGUUAUCGGAAGCAGUGCCUUCCAUAAUUAAACCCAUUAUCGGGAGCAGUGUCUCCCAUAAUGAUAAGCAGUGAUGGUAGUUUUUGCCUACCAGUGUGUGUGUGUGUGUGAGUGAUUUUUUUGUGUAUUUAUCGAGAGCAGUGUCUCUCAUAUUUCACUUGAAGGGUGGAACAACUUAUCGGGGACAGUGUUUCCCAGAGUUUUAUACUUGACAUAUUUAUUUGUGUUGUCUUUAUUUUUUUGGAUUAUAUGUAUGUGUGUUUGUUUGUAGGCAUAGUCCUCCUGACCUCCAAAAUGUGUGUACUUCUGAUUUUUCUGUUUUGCUCCAGAUUGAAGUCUAUGCCAUAGAACUACAGUACAUACACCUUAAUCUUUCACUUUUUUUUUUGUGUUCAGUCUGAUCAAGCAACUUGAUACACAAGCACUAGAAUUGUGAAAUGCACUGUAACCAUUAUACUGUAGCCUACUUAAGCAGCCUGAUGAAACCUCCUGAGUUUCUUUGUGUCAGUGACUUUAAAAAUACUUACAUACUGCAUUCUUUGAUUCACUCCCGAUGCUACUCCUACAACUCUUUGCAUGUUUCUCCAGUUACAUAUUUUGUCACUGCAUGUUAAAUCACAGUAGUUCAACAGAUUCUUACCCAAAUACUGAGUAGCACAUGUAAAAAAAAAAAAAAAAAUCAGGGUUUAACUUUAAUUUUUCACUUUUACUUGGUAUUUGUUACAAUCAUAAAUGAUAACAUGAAACUGAAAGUCAUAUUACGAUCACUCGACAAAAAUAACCACUCUGAUAUUAAAAUUACAGUACGUUCAGUUUUGUUCAGCUUGUUACUGUUACAUCCUGUUGCUACAGUCCUACAUUCCUCUGUUAUGAGAAAGAAAUAGCUCUCUAGUCAACACAGAGGAGGAGAGAUAGGGAAUUAUUACAGUUUGUGCUCACUGUGUUACAUAAAAUAAGAGUCAGCAGUGUGUCAAAACAUUUUAUUAUUAUUUGUGUGUUCUCAAGAUCAUGUCUCUGUGUUUUUCAUGCCCUGCAGAAUCAUGUAAUAAACCCUUCUGCUUAGCAUCUGA